CAUCUCUCCAUGUACUGUGCGCCAUUUUGGAAGAGGGGGAAAAAAAUCACGGAUAAUUUCCGUGGUCUUGACAGAUCCGGAUCCGAAGUCUAAACUCCCCAUUGUGGAUGCUAUCUGUCUCCCCGAGCGAGCCGCGUUAUCCCAUCCCGGUGCUGGAGGCUGUGGACGGCAAGAGCUGCUAAAUGAAGCAAUGGCGGGGGUUGCAGGAGGCAAUGAUUUCCAGUGGUGUUUCUCUCAAGUAAAAGGAGCGAUAGAUGAAGAUGUUGCGGAAGCUGACAUAAUCUCAACCGUCGAAUUCAACUAUUCUGGAGAAUUGCUUGCAACUGGAGAUAAAGGAGGCCGAGUAGUGAUUUUUCAACACGAACAGGAGUCUAAGAAUCGUCCACACCUGCGCGGGGAGUACAACGUCUAUAGCACUUUUCAGAGUCACGAGCCAGAGUUUGACUAUUUGAAAAGUUUAGAAAUAGAAGAAAAAAUAAAUAAAAUAAGAUGGCUACCCCAACAAAAUGCUGCUCACUUUCUACUUUCGACAAAUGAUAAAACUAUCAAAUUGUGGAAAAUUAGUGAAAGAGAUAAACGAGCAGAAGGUUACAACCUGAAAGAUGAAGACGGACGACUCCGAGACCCCUUUAGAAUCACCUCUUUACGGGUACCAGUGCUGAUGCCAAUGAAUCUCAUGGUAGAAGCGAGCCCACGGAGGAUCUUUGCAAAUGCACACACCUAUCACAUUAAUUCCAUUUCUGUAAAUAGUGAUCAUGAAACGUACCUCUCCGCAGAUGACCUAAGAAUAAACCUAUGGCACUUGGAAAUCACAGACAGAAGUUUUAAUAUUGUAGACAUCAAGCCUGCCAACAUGGAGGAACUGACAGAAGUAAUCACAGCUGCUGAGUGCCAUCCACACCAAUGCAAUGUAUUUGUAUACAGCAGUAGCAAAGGAACCAUCCGCCUGUGUGACAUGCGAGCAGCGGCUCUCUGUGAUCGGCACUCAAAGUUCUUUGAGGAGCCUGAGGAUCCGAGCAGCCGGUCCUUUUUCUCUGAGAUAAUCUCCUCCAUCUCGGACGUGAAGUUCAGUCACAGCGGACGCUACAUGAUGACACGUGACUACCUCUCCGUCAAAGUUUGGGACCUCAACAUGGAGAACAGGCCAGUGGAGACGUAUCAGGUCCAUGAAUACCUUCGCAGUAAACUCUGCUCCUUGUAUGAAAAUGACUGCAUCUUCGACAAGUUCGAGUGCUGCUGGAAUGGCAGUGACAGUGCCAUCAUGACCGGCUCCUACAACAACUUCUUCAGAAUGUUUGACCGCAACACCAGGCGGGACAUCACACUGGAGGCGUCCCGGGAGAGCAGCAAACCACGGGCCACGCUCAAACCUCGCAAAGUGUCCACUGGCGGCAAGAGGAAGAAGGAUGAGAUCAGCGUGGACAGCCUGGACUUCAACAAGAAGAUCCUCCACACUGCCUGGCAUCCCAAAGAUAACGUGAUAGCCGUGGCGGCCACCAACAACUUGUACAUUUUCCAGGACAAAAUCAACUAGAAGAUGUGGGGCUCCAGAGGAUAGGGCUUUUACCAUACCUGUGUAGUUAAGCCUACUACUUGUCUAUCUGUAUAAGAAGAAACAGCCUCGUUGUCCUCCUGGUGAAGAAUCCGAAAGCACGUGUCUACUUUUUUUGCCACAGGAGGUUGAUCCAUAGGCCUGUUUUAUUUUGAGUCUGAGCUUAGGUUGUUUUUGCCUGUGGCACCAGGGCAAUCAACAUGCCCCACCCCCUCGACCCAGAAACCCCGAUUUUUUGGGUCUAAUUGACGGAAUGGCACUCCCUCGAGGUCAAACUCUUGAACGUUGGUGUUUGUGUUGACAUUUUAAGCCUUCAUUUCAUGAAUUAACAGAACUCUGGAAGCCCUUAAAAUGACGUCUUGUCAAAGUUGUAACAUCAUUUCAAAGAUUUUUGGGCACUUCUGAAGCACGGAUUAAUGGCUAAUGAGCCUAACUGUAACAUUCCCCCAUUGGCCAUGUAUUCAGGCCAAACUACUGGUGGAAGAGGCCCUGAAUUUGGAAAGUGGACUUGUUUCUUUUCUCCCCCCCCCCCCCUUCUUACUUUACCCCCAGUCAGUACGGUGACAUAAUUUCACUCACUGUAUCUACUCAAGUACACCUUGUCAUCCACAUAAUAAAAGAAACUAAAACUACAGAUGUGUUUUUAAAUUUUAGAAGUAUGUAUUAAAACAUGUUUAUUGCUUUGCAUGUUUUUAUGUUGUAGAGAGAUGGAAAAAAAAAAAAAAACGUUGAGUCACACCACUGUCUUUUGAGCGGAUCUCAAGCAAAAGCUGUUACUGAAAUACUACUUGGGGCUACCAGUUUCAGAACCACUGUAAGAACCAAUAACGUGUUUGUGUCGAGACAUUAAUUUUUAGUUUUUGACCCUGUUUUUACGACACGGGCUGGAAAGAACAAUGGCACAAUAUGGGGCCCAGGACAAAGGGAAUCUGCAGCCUUAAUACCUACUUCUAUCAGUGACAGCUACGAGUUUAUGUCCCCAGACCUUUUACGAACCUCAUGUGCAUUAUUUGUAAAUCAUAUUUUAUAGUUAUGUCCUCAUACGCUGCUGCUAUAGGUGGCUGUCUAUGAAAACACAAAGGAGGAAGAGUUGCACACCAUACGGUUUAUGUGAUAGAGUGCCUCCAAAUCAUGUAAUAAGUAGGAAUUUCAGGCAGGCCUCAUACAUGUGCCCUUAUUCAUUUAUUAGGGAUGUCACCCAGAAAAUUUUGAACCGCGUACUGCAAAUGUGGAUUUUCUCUCUCUCUCUGCGUAGUUGUGAAUGCAGAAAUGAAAGUUGACCACACAAAAACCCCUAUACUGACGCCAUUAAAACAAACCCAUAAUAAUGCAUUGUCUUUUGUCCAUUGAUUCCUAACACAGUGGCAAUGUAUUCACUUGUUUAUGAUUAUUAUUAUUAUUAUUACUUUGACCAAAGUUCAAUAAAAUUUGAAUUGUG